AUGUUGCCUGUGAGCAAUCCUGAAGGUUACUGUUUGAUUGAAAUGGCUGCGGAUGGAAAUCCUCCUGUACAGCACAGACUCUCUUUCUCACAUCAAGCAUCUCAGAUCACCUUUGGAUCAGUCUUCCUUGGAAAUGUUCCUGUUCAUGAAGAGGUUCAUCGAUGUGCUGGGCAGAUACAUGGCUAUAAAGGAUGCAUUAGGGAUUUUCAAGUUAACCACAAAGAGUUGUUCAUCAUAGAUGAGGCUCUUGGAGGGAGGAAUGUUGAGAACUGCAAUGUUCCAAUAUGUGAUUAUCAUCCAUGUCACAAUGGUGGAACCUGCACUAGUGAUGCAGAAAAUUGGUAUUGUGAAUGCCCUAAACUCUACACUGGAAAACUCUGCCAGUUUGCGACUUGUGAUGAAAAUCCAUGUGGAAACGGUGCUACGUGUUUUCCGAAGUCCAGUCGAGAUGCUGUUUGCUUGUGUCCAUAUGGAAGAUCUGGCAUCCUCUGCAGUGAAGCUAUUAAUAUUACACAACCAAGUUUCAGUGGCACAGAUGUCUUUGGCUAUACCUCAUUCCUAGCUUAUUCUACAAUCCCAAAUAUCAUCUUCUACUAUGAAUUUCGCUUGAAAUUUCAGUUGGCAAACCACAACUCAGCUUUACAAGAUAACCUGAUUUUUUUCACUGGACAGAAGGGCCAAGGUCUGAAUGGAGAUGAUUUCUUGGAGUUAGGCCUCCGUAAUGGGAGAGUGGUAUAUAGCUACAAUCUAGGUUCUGGCACAGCAACAAUCAUCAGCAAGGCACUUGAUCUGACACUCCAUAUUCAUGUCAUCCAUCUUGGCAGAAAUCUCCAAAAAGGCUGGCUGAAGGUGGAUGAUCAGAAGAAUAAAACUGUCACUUCUCCUGGGAGGCUGGUUGGACUCAAUGUCUUCAGUCAGUUUUAUUUAGGAGGUUAUCGUGAGUAUACUCCAGAACUCCUACCAAAGGGACCCAGAUUUAAGAAUGGCUUUCAAGGUUGCAUUUUUGAUGUUCAAGUUCGUACCAGCAUCAAUCAAGGGUUUAAAUCACCAGGCUCUCCAGAAGGACAUCCCAAUUCUGGUCGCAAUGUUGGACAAUGUAAAGAUUCCCCAUGCAGUUUAAUAAAAUGCAGAAAUGGUGGGAAGUGCAUAGAAAGUGGCUCUACUGUUUACUGUGACUGCCUCUCUGGAUGGAAAGGUGCAUUUUGCACAGAAACAGUGUCAGUAUGUGAACCUGAGCAUGAUCCUCCACAUCGGUGUAGGCAAGGUGGUACCUGUGUGCCACUGCCUAAUGGUUACACAUGUCACUGUCCUCUUGGAACAACUGGUACCUACUGUGAACAAGAUAUUCCCAUUAGUGAUCCAUCUUUCAGAAGUAAUGAAUCAUCAUGGAUGUCAUUUGCACCCUUUUCUAUCCGGCAUAAGACCCAUAUCAAGCUACAGUUUCAGACUCUGUCUCCAGAUGGUAUCCUCUUUUACACUGCACAGCACUUGGGUACUCAGUCAGGUGACUUCCUAUGUAUAUCAUUAGUAAACGGAUUUAUGCAGUUACGCUACAAUCUCGGAGACAAGACAGUCAUCCUACAGGCCCUUCAGAAGGUCCGUGCGAAUGGAAAUACAUGGCACUUACUCAAAGCAGGAAGAGCUGGCAAUGAAGGCUACCUGGACCUGGAUGGUAUCAACGUUACUCAAAAAGCUAGUCUUGGAAUGAAUGUACUAGACACACACACAGAUUUUUUUGUUGGAGGGGUGUCCUCCUUAAACCUUGUUAAUUCAAUGGCAAUAGAAAAUGAACCCAUAGGUUUCACUGGUUGCAUUCGAGAAAUUGUUAUAAAUAAUAGGGAACUGAAGCUUACUGCGACUGAUCCCAAAGGUGGAGCCAAUGUUGGUGACUGCGAUGGAACAAUUUGUGGGUACUCAGUGUGCAAAAAUAGUGGAACAUGUCAAGUUGAAAACUCAGGGUUUUCUUGUUCUUGCCCACCAGAGUGGACAGGAACCACAUGUGAACAAUCUGUUCACUGUUCACAAAACAUGUGUGGGUCUCAAGGGCUCUGUAUUCCUCAACCUUCAUUUUCAUACACCUGUGUAUGUGCACUAGGCUGGUCAGGCAAGUACUGCGAUAGCAAAAUAAAAUUUUAUAUAGCAAAGUUUGUCGGCAACUCCUACAUUAAAUACACAGAUUCUUAUUAUGGAAAAAGAGACCUCCAGUACAGCCGCAUUUCUUUAAAUUUCACUACCAAUCAAACUGAAGGCUUAAUAGCAUGGAUGGGCAAAAGUGAAGAUGAAGAUAAUGACUUCCUUGCCAUCGGUAUUGCCAAUGGAACAUUAAAAGUUGUCGUCAAUCUUGGAGAAAGAAUCUCUGUUCCUCUAAUGCAUAGAAAAUACUUCACCUGUUGUGACGAAAAAUGGCAUUUUGUUACUGUAGCUCAAAACCAAACAUGUAUUAAGGUAUACCUUGAUGAGGAGCUAAUUCUUUUUGAAGACAUUGAUCCACAAAGAAAAUACACUGCUUUAAACUAUGGUGGCAUUUGCUAUUUUGGUGGGUUUGAAAUCGGCAGGAAAGUCAAUGUAGUCACUACAGGGCUUUUUCAGAAGGAAUUCAUUGGUAAAAUUAAAGAUGUUGUGCUCUUCCAAGAUUCCAAAAAGCUUCAGCUAAUGAAUGCAGAAGGGUACAAUGUUUAUGACGGAAAUUCUGGAAAUUAAUUGAAAAAAUGUUCAAGACUCUGUAAAAGUGAUAAACUUUCUUUUCCUCCUUUUUCUUGUGUUAGUUGGCAGUGUAAUACUCAGAAACCAACAAAAGAAAAUUUUCAUUAAGAAAAGUAAUUAAGGACAAUUUUAUGUUGAGUAUUAAUAGAUACAAAACAUAUAUUUUACUCUUAAAAUUACUUAUUUGUACUCUUUAGUAUUUACUUAUUAAAAUAAUGAGAAAGUCUGCAGGAUUUUUUUCUUUAUUGUGCUGGAAAUAGUUUCAUAAACAAAUAGAUAGUAAUUAGCUUACAAAGCCAACCAUCAUUCAACUGUUGUUUGUUGCUUUAUGAGAACAACUGUUAACCUGUUUCUCCAACUUUUAAAUUCUAUUAAUGUUUCCCUUAUAAUUUUAUAAUAUUAAGGUCAAGUGUAAAA